GUGCACUUGGCGAAAGGUCAAAUGUGUCCUUCGGCCAGCGACUUUGACAAGAUGCUUAGUGAACGGAUGCAAGGAACGAUCAGGUUCAAUGACAAGAACACGGUGGAUGUGGCCCAACUGCGUGCUCAACUGGAUGGCUUCAUGAACAGGGCUGUGGAGUGGCUCCAGAAGGAGACAGUCAUCAGGAUUGGGCAAACCUUCCGGUCAAUUGGAGGCGCUGACGUGGUUACACCACAGCUCUUGGCUGACUGCUAUGAGCGCAUGUCUCAAUGGGUGGUUUUGGCUAGGGAGGCCUUGAACACCGAGUGGCCUUCCUUCGAGGCAAUCAGGGCGUUCAGCGUGUUUCAACUCCGGCCAAAGUUGGAAGCCACUGUGGUGAAGAAGGAUCUUUCCAAGAUCUGCACGAUCUUCGGUGAGCCCCAAACGUUGCCAUGUCUGGUCCGCAGCUACACUGACUGUGCAUAUACUGCUUCUAAGAAAAGAGAUCGGAUUGCUGACGAGGAUGACAUCCCUGACCUCGAGGCAUGGUUGAGUACCCUGCGUGGCCAACGGGCUUCGGACAACCCUCACCUUCUGACAUGUCUGGCCCGCGCUCUAUGCUUGUCCAAGUCUUCGACCUCAUCCUGUGAGAGGGACUUUGGCAAUCUGAUCCAGACAUUUCGCAAGGUGUUGGCCAGUCCUCUCCUCAAAGAAUGGCACAUAAGAGUGACUAGCUUCCUGAGGACAGAAGCAAGCAAAGCUCCUGAAGUUGUCAGAAGGGCCCCAAAACAUAUGGAAUGA